GGGAUCAUUUAGUGCCCGAGAUGGGAGACCUGAAGUCAGGUUUUGAAGAGGUGGAUGGCGUGAGGCUCGGCUACCUCAUCAUUAAAGGAAAGCAAAUGUUUGCCCUCUCCCAAGUCUUCACGGAUCUGCUGAAAAACAUCCCGAGGACAACCGUGCACAAGCGCAUGGAUCAUCUGAAAGUGAAAAAGCACCACUGCGAUCUGGAGGAGUUGAGGAAACUGAAGGCGAUCAACAGCAUCGCCUUCCACGCCGCCAAAUGCACGCUCAUCUCUCGGGAAGACGUGGAAGCGCUCUACACCUCCUGCAAAACCGAGCGCGUGCUCAAGACCAAGCGCAGGAGGGUCGGCCGGGCCCUGGCCACACAGGCGCCGCCGCCAGAGCGCGCCGCCGCCGCCGCCAGCCCCCGCCCGAGUUUUUGGAAGGACAAGCACCAACUUUGGCGGGGCCUGAGUGGAGCCGCGCGACCCCUGCCAAUCAGCGCGCAGUCCCCGCGCCCCGGCGCCGCCGCCGCGCGCCCCGCCGCUCAUCUACCUCAGAUUUUUAGCAAAUACCCGGGGUCGCACUACCCGGAAAUCGUGCGCUCGCCUUGCAAACCCCCUCUAAACUAUGAAACUGCCCCGCUCCAGGGAAACUACGUCGCUUUCCACCCGGAGCCAGCGUACUUUCGGAGCCUGCUGUGCAGCAAGCACCCGGCCGCCGCCGCAGCCGCUGCAGCCGCAGCUGCCGCCGCCGCCGCCGCUGCAGCAGCAGCCGCCUACUACCAGGCGUCUGCGGCCGGGCCCCAGCCCAAGACCGCAGCGGGCGCUGGAGGGCCGGGGAGCCUGACCUACCCGUGCAAGCGCAAGCGCGCGGGCGCCAAGGACUGCCUGCUUGCGCCCCACGCCGGCGCUCGGCGCCUGCUGCUACUGCCCAGGUCCUACAAAGCCAAGGCGGCUGCUGCUGCGGCGGCGGCGGCGGCCGCCGGGGCCACUUGCCUGGAGAGGUUUCAUCUGGUCAACGGCUUUUGCCCGCCUCCCCACCAUCACCACCACCACCACCAUCACCACCACCACCACCACCACCAUCGGGCCCAGCAGUCGCAGCAGAAUCACCACCCCCCUCACCACCACCGGCCACAGCCUCAUCUGGGCAGCUUUCCCGAGAGCUGUAGCAGCGACUCUGAGUCCAGCUCCUACUCGGACCAUGCCGCCAACGACUCGGAUUUUGGCUCCAGUUUGUCCAGUUCUAGCAACUCUGUGUCCUCGGAGGAAGAGGAAGAGGAGGAGGAGGGCGAGGAGGAGGAAGAGGAGGAGGAAGAGGAAGAGGGGGGCAGUGGGGCCUCGGACUCCAGUGAAGUCAGCUCGGAGGAGGAGGACUCGUCCUCGGAGUCGGACUCCAGCUCCGGCUCCAGCCAAGUGUCAGUGCAGAGCAUCCGUUUCAGGCGCACCAGCUUCUGCAAGCCUCCCAGCAUGCAGGCGCAGGCCAACUUCUUGUACCAUCUGGCCUCUGCCGCCGCUGCAACCAAACCCGCUGCUUUCGAGGAUGCAGGCAGACCUCCCGACCUCAAGAGUAGUGUCAAAGCGGAGUCGCCGGAGGAGUGGAAUCUGCAGAGCUGGGCCUCCAAAGCGUCUCCGGUGUACUGCCCGGCCAGCAUGGGGAGUUGUUUCGCAGAGAUAAGGAACGAUAGGGUAUCUGAGAUUACAUUCCCACACUCUGAAAUUUCCAGUACUGUAAAGAGAACUGACCUGACAAUUAACUGCCUGACGGAGGGAGCCUCUUCACCUAGCCCAAAGACAAACAAUGCAUUUCCACAACAAAGAAUACUCGGAGAGGCUAGGAAAUGCCUACGAGCAACUCCUACUACACCCUGUGCAGAUAACAACACAAUAGCUGCUAGGUUCUUAAAUAAUGAUUCUUCAGGAGCAGCAGCAAACUCAGAAAAAGAUUCCAAAAUCCCUCAUUGUGCUGAAUUUGCUGCGGAUUUGCCCUCUUUGCAAACUGAUCCGGAGGUGGAUGCAGCAGCAACUAAAGCCGAGAAUCUGUGCACUGACACAGACGACAAGACAUUGCCAUUUCUGCACAAUAUUAAAAUCAAAGUAGAAGAUAGUAGUGCUAAUGAAGAAUAUGAACCUGACCUUAUCACAAAUAAGCUAAAGUGCGAGUGCAAUGAUACAAAGGGUGAGUUUUACAGUGUGACUGAAAGUAAAGAGGAGGACACCUUGUUAACCACAGCCAAGGAAGGUUUUGCAUGCCCUGAAAAAGAAACUCCUUCCUUAAAUCAACUGGCUCAGAGUCAGGGCCUUUCAUGCACUUUAGGUUCUCCAAAACCUGAGGAUGGGGAAUAUAAAUUUGGUGCCAGGGUAAGAAAAAAUUACCGGACACUAGUACUGGGAAAGCGACCUGUACUUCAGACACCUCCAGUCAAACCAAAUUUGAAAUCAGCUAGAAGCCCUCGUCCUACAGGUAAAACUGAGACACAUGAAGGAACACUGGAUGAUUUUACAGUUAUAAACAGACGCAAAAAGGUAGCCAGCAAUGUAGCAUCAGCAGUGAAAAGGCCAUUUAAUUUCAUGGCAAAUUUUCCUUGUCCACCAUCACUCAUUAUUGGGAAGGAUGGGGAUUUGUGGCCGGCGUAUUCCUUAAACACCACUAAGGAUUCCCAACCUCCUCACAAGGCCCAUCCUAUAUGGAAAUGGCAGCUGGGCGGUUCUGCAAUACCUCUUCCACCUAGUCACAAGUUCAGGAAAUUUAAUUCAUAA